UGAGUCCACCAUCAAUCCGGCCAGGAGCAGGGAACAAUUCUUCGAUAUGGUGGUUUCCACCGUGUCAAAGGCGGCGAUGCUCGCUAACGUUACGCCGGGAUUUUCCAUGAUCGAACAGCUGCUUCCGGAGGUGACGGCCUAUAUACUCAGUUUCUUGGAUCUCACAAGCCUCUGUCACUUGUCAAUGACGAGUUCCUGGAUGAGAAAGGCCGCUAAUGACGAUUACCUUUGGAAGUCCCUUUACUGCCAAGAGUUUACAGAUGAAGCAAAUGGUGAAAACCCGGUUAACGGGUGGAAGGCCUACUACGUAGCUACUAAAGAAAUCAUGGAUGUGAACUAUGAAUUCUUCGGCAUCGUUGUGGAUAGGUCACUUCACCAAAUGACUAGUUUCUGGCUGAACUCUGACUAUGUCACGUGCUACAACGGCUCUGGUGAACUCGUCUCCGGGUAUGACGCAGUGAUGCAGAGAUGGGAGUUCUGUUUUGACAACUGGGAGGCAGGGUAUAAUCUAGACCCCAUUGGAUGGCGGAUACGGAUUCGGACCAACGUGGCUUGGGUCACCACGAACGCGAUCCAUCGAACAUUUGGCGAUCUAUACAACGUCACCAAUGUCUUUGAACUCCAUAAUGGCCGGUGGCUCAUGGUGCACCAUCACUCCUCGACCGUCCCCACAAACGGUGUGGAGAAUCAUUAAUAAUAAGUUGUUUUCAUCAAGAGUGUAUGGUUAUGAAUCAAUCUUCCCUUAGAGGGAGAAGACAAACUAAAGAACAACAAAACUGCAUUUGUUAGAUUUGGUUAAUAAGACAAAGUUAUGUUUCUA